AUGGAACUGGCACUUUCCUCGUUAUUAUGCAUAACCUUACUAACCAUCUUCUUCCUAAAGUUUCUUUCCAAGCGGAAGAAUUCAACGUCCGAGAAGAAAAUCGCGAACCCGCCACCGUCUCCGCCAGGACUUCCGGUGAUAGGAAACGUCCUCGAUUUCGGAAAACACGCGCACCGGUCUCUGAAAUUGCUCAGCGAACGGUAUGGACCACUGAUGCUACUCCGAUGGUGCAGCGUUCCAGUCCUUGUCGUCUCGUCGGCGGAGGUGGCUCAGGACAUCAUAAAAACGCAUGAUCGUGCGUUUUCGAGCCGACCCAGAUCGAACUUUCUUGCGAAACUAAUGAAUGGUGGGCAAGAUAUGGCCUUUGCACCUUAUGGCGAGUAUUGGAGACAGAUGAAGCGCAUCUACGUUUUGCAUCUCUUCAGCAACAAGAUGGUGAGCUCUUUCCGAAACGUCAGAGAAGAAGAGAUAAACUCGACCAUAGAGAAGAUCGAGAAAACGAUUUCUUCUUCUUCCCCGACAAAUUUGAGCGAAAUCUUUAUGACAUUUACGAACGAUUUGAUAUGUAGAGUUGCAUUGGGGAGAAAAUAUAGCGGCGGAGAAGGCGUGCCGGACGUUUAUGAGCUAUUGAGAAAGCUGAUGAGCCUUUUCGGUCGGCUCUACAUCGAGGAUUAUUUCCCGUUUUUGGGAUGGAUAGACAUACUCCGAGGUUUGGCCGGUGAAGUGAAAGAAAUAACGAAGGAGCUCGACGAUUUCCUUGAAAAAGUGGUUCAAGAGCAUUCGGACGGCGACAGACAAAUAGUGGAUUUCGUGGACGUCUUGCUCUCGAUACAAAGAGAGAAUACGACCGGGUUUGAGAUUGAUCGAGUCAACCUUAAACUCCUUGUCGCGGAUGUCUUCAUUGCGGCAACGGAUACAACUUCUGCCCUUUUGGAGUGGGCGAUGACAGAGCUCCUGAGGCAUCCAGAAUGUGCGGAGAAACUCCGAGACGAUAUUCGUGGAAACUCAAGCGAUAGAUCAAGAUACGUGUCGGAAGAAGAUAUUACGGAUAUGAGAUAUUUGGAAGCUGUGAUCAAAGAGACGCUACGGCUACACCCUUCAGCUCCUUUGCUGGUUCCAAGACAGUUGAUCGAAGAUGUUAGAAUCAAAGGGUAUGACGUAACAGCUGGUACUCAGGUACUGAUCAACUACUGGGCGAUGGGGCGAGAAACCGCGACAUGGGGAGAAGAUGCGGAAGAAUUCAAGCCGGAGAGGCAUUUGGAUUCGUCAGUGGAUUUCCGUGGACAAGACGCCAAGUUCAUACCGUUCGGGAUAGGGAGAAGACAAUGCCCUGGAAUAGGGUUUGCCUUGGUGAUGGCCGAGCUGGUGUUGGCCAAUCUCAUAACCCGGUUCAAUUGGGAAAUUGCCACCAAACCGGAAGGAGAUCAUUACGAUUUGGCAGAAUCAACCGGUCUCGUGGUUUCCCGCAAGUACCCUCUACUCGCAUACGCAUCUCCAGCUUCGUAAGCAGUUUAUAGGUCACGUUGAAUAAAUAUGAUCCAACUUCCAUCAACCAAUG